AUGGUGCUGAGGGGCUUUGCCGUGCACAGGGGCCUUCCUGGCCGUGGGACCCGAGGCUGCGCCUGGGAAGGGCCGGGCACCUCCCAGAGACAGCAGAGCGCAGCGCUGACCGCGGGAUGGCGGACCAGCACUUCCAGGCCUGAGAGCGGUUGGACCUUGGAGAGCGAGGCCUUGACGGGGAUGGGCACCCGGCUCCUGGUCUGCGUCUGGGUCGGCUUGGGAGUCUUGGUGUCAGGGGAAGGAGGAGGGCUAGGGGCUGGAACCCUCACCUGCCUCACCAACAACAUUCUCAGGAUCGACUGCCACUGGUCUGCCCCAGAGCUGGGCCAGGGCCCCAGCCCCUGGCUCCUCUUCACCAGGAACAGCGAGCCGGGCAGCAGGCACAGGUGUGUCUUCCGGGCCAGCGUGUGCACCGUGGUGCUGCCGCCCAAGGAGGUCAUCGAGCCUUCCGACAACUUCAGCGUCACUUUGCACCAUUACAUCUCUGGAAAGGAGCAAGUCAGCUUGGUGGAUGCCCAGUACCUGCCCCGGAGACAUGUGAAGCUCGACCCUCCCUCUGACUUGCAGAGCAAUGUCAGCUCUGGCUCCUGCGUCCUGACCUGGGGCAUCAAUCCUGUGCUGGAGCCACUGGCUUCGCUGCUCAGCUAUGAGCUGGCCUUCAAGAAGCAGGAAGAGGCUUGGGAGUGGGCCCAGCACAAGGAUCACAUUAUUGGGGUGACCUGGCUUAUCCUUGAAGCUGUGGAACUGAACCCUGAUUCCACCUAUGAGGCCAGGCUGCGUGUCCAGAUGGCCACCCUGGAGGACGAGAUGGCGGAGGAGGAGCGCUAUGAGGGCCACUGGAGCGAGUGGAGCCAGCCCGUGUGCUUCCCCUCCCCCCGCAGACAAGACCCCCAGAUGUCAACUUUGAGGCAGCCCAACAGCACCCUUGUUGCUGUGUUCAUCUUUCUCCUGCUCACCAGCCUGACCUACCUCCUCUUCAAGCUGUCACCCAGGGUGAAGAGGACCUUUCACCAGCACGUGCCGACGCCGGCGGCCUUCUUCCAGCCGCUCUACAGCGCGCACCGCGGGAACUUCCAGACCUGGACCGGGACCCACAGAGCCGGUGUUCAGCUGAACCAGGACUGUGUUGGUACCGCACAAGCAGCCUCGGAGUCCAGUGUUCGGGACGCCAUUUCGUUGCUUACCUAUGACCUGGUGGCCCCCUGGCCAUUCGUGGGCCUGGAGGACGAGAGUACUGGCACAGGACUUCCAGCGGAUGUGUUGCCAACAGCCCUGGAGUGGGCAGGGCCCCCGCCUGCCUACCUGCCGCAAGAGGAGUGGGUCCCUGCGAGCCCCCGCAGGCCGGCGGCCCCGCAGUCAGAGGGCAGUAGCAGUGACUACUGUGCCCUGAGCUGCUAUGGGGGGUGCGACCCCUCACCUUUCCUGGGAAGCAUACAGAGUUCUGGGCCCAUCCAGGCCUUGGUCUAUGGCAUUUUCUGUGAUCAGCAGAGCCUGGAGGCCAGGCAAGGAGAUAACUAUGUGGGAGCCAGUCACAGUCAGAGGCGAGACCCUGGUGAACAGGCUGCAUGAGGACCUUGGGCGUUUUCUGCCCUCCUAUCCUCAGCGGACAGUGGGCUCAGUCCUGAAAGUUCCAGAACCUUGACUUGGCCAGCUGCAUCAUGUCCACUCUGGGGAAAAUGGACUAAAGUCUCUGGAGCUGACCCUUGACUGGUACUGGACCUCGGGCAGCAGGCCACUUGUGCAGGAGUCAGACACCCUGUCUGGAUGGAGGCCUCUCCUCCUUCCUCUCUCCACAGCACCCGUGGGAA